AAAAAAGUACCUGGCAUCUCUGGUUUAAAUCGGGCUUUAUUCUUCUUUGCGGCGUCCAUCAUUGGAACGACGGAGCUUACUUGGCAGAGCAUCGAAAUUUUGUGAUUUUUCGCUUUAUAGUGUUUCCAAUAUUGCUUCAAAAGUUGUAAUCUGUAGGUGAUUGGCCGUAGCGGGUACAUAGCAAACUCGUGUGUUGCCGGAAGAAAACCUGACGCGUAGGAAAGCAAAAUGCCGGCUUCCGGAACGUUUAAACUCUUCAUCGGCAAUGUCGAUGAAAAGACACAACCCUCGGAUUUGCGUCCGCUGUUUGAUAAGUACGGAACCGUAGUCGAGUGCGAUGUUGUUAAAAAUUAUGGUUUCGUGCAUAUGGAAAAUGAGGAUCAGGGUCGAGAUGCGAUUCAGAAUCUGGACGGGUACGUGGUCAACGGUAAAGCGAUUAAAGUGGAAGCCGCAAGGAACCGUCGCGCGCCGAAUACAAACACGACGAAAAUAUUCGUAGGUAAUUUGACUGACGUGACACGCGCUCCGCAAGUUCGCGAACUUUUUCAAAAGUACGGUACCGUCGUGGAGUGUGACAUCGUGCGGAAUUACGGCUUCGUCCACCUGGAUCCGACCGGCGAUGUGAACGAAGCGAUUCGUGAACUUAACGGAAUGAUGGUGGACGGACAGCCAAUGAAGGUACAGGUGUCCACUAGUCGGGUCCGUCCAAAACCCGGUAUGGGCGAUCCGGAGCAAUGUUAUCGUUGUGGUCGUUCUGGCCAUUGGUCUAAGGAGUGUCCGCGACUGCUCUGGUCCGAAAGUAGGUUCCGCGAUCGACCGAUGUAUGCCAGGGAUCCGUAUCCACCGCCGCCGCCGCCACCGUUCCUUCGCGAUCGCAUUAUGGAUGGAUUUAGGGAUACCUUCGAUUAUUACGACCGGUACGAUGACCCUAGGGAUUUAUUCGAGCGGCGCUACGGUAUCCGGGGACGUGACUUUCCCCCCUUGAGAUCCCGCGAGCCAAUGCCACCAAUUCCUCCGCUGAUGCGUCGAAGUGCUGUUGAAAGCAGCCGCACUAGCACCUAUGAUGCAAUCUUCAGUCGCCGUACUCCGCCACCGACAAGUCGCAACGGCAGCAGCAUUAGCCGUUUUGGUGUGUACGAAGAUUUUAGCCGGGAUUCGUUCGAUGACCGCCGACAAGGAUUGCGAGGUCCAUCGCCUACUCAUCGAUAUGCACCGUACUGAGAUGAGCUGCAUCCGAUAUGUGGCAGUAAUGAAAGAAAAUAUUCACCCUUAUUCUUGUUUACGACGAAUGCAAAAUUGGUGCGAAAGCAAGACGAACGAAUAGUAAGUCUAUUUGAUUCACUGAUAGAAUCCAAACACUUUUCUUGCAAAUCUGGCAUUGUCGUAAACAAGAAUGACUAAUUUACCGGUUGCUAAUGAGACGCGCGAAAUAAAAGUGAGUGGGAUUUACGUACGGUGCACGUAUAAAUAAGUUGAAGUUGAUGAGAAUCGGAAGUUUGUAGUUUAUCACUUUUACAUAAAUCGUGAGACAGCCUAUUUGUUUUAUCGUAUAAACACGCAUAAAGAGAGGGUUUGGCAAUAUCAUGUGUAGGCAAACCUAAUUUUAUACUAUCAUCCGGUUUGAUUAGAAAGACCGAUACCCACAGCAAAUUAAUAUCGAUCAGUUUAAUCAGGUUGGGGUAAUUUUAAAUCGUUCUAUAAAUAAGAGGGAAAUGCACCGAGUGAUUGUAUUCAAAUAAAAUAAAUUCUGAAAUAUAGAAGGAGAUUCUUUCACGAUUCUUGCUGAAGUUAACUAUGCUCAUACAACAAACUAUUUGACAGAACGAAAGUAGGAUCCGAAGUGAGGUUUAUUAACGCUUGAAUGCAUGUAACUCAUUUUUCCUUGAUAUUCUCCCUGGUAUGCUUACUUUUCGGGGUAGAUGCGAUAUAUAUCUCUUGACUGUCAAAAUUUGCAGAUGACCACACUAUGCAUUUAAGCGUUAAAAAAUUGCUGUCACGUCACCUAGUGACUAGAAGAAAAAUUUCGUACAUGUAUACAUUGAUGAAUAAAAUGCAUAUUAAAGGCAA